CUAGUCAAGUUCAAUUCCAAGGUCGUCCAAAUCCGCUUCAUUCCAGACCACUCGCAGUCCAAUACUAUUAUUAAUUCCAUCUCCGAUUAUUUACCCGAAUACACUAGUUCAAGUCCUCCUCCUCCACUGAGAACCGGAUCAGGAACACCCAUUUGGGAAGUUGGAGUCCUCACUACUGGCUCACAAACCGUUGAGUGGCAUCAAUUUGAGUUUGUGGUAAUUUGCCUUGGCAAAUAUGGGGACAUACCAAACAUGCCUGUUUUUCCUCCAAACAAAGGUCCUGAAAUAUUUAGGGGAAAAGUCAUGCACAGUCUAGAUUACAGCAAACUCGACAAAUCCUCUGCAACAGACCUUCUCAAAGGAAAGAAGGCAGUGGUUGUCGGCUACAAGAAAUCCGCCAUUGAUCUUGCAUAUGAAUGUGCCCAGGCAAACCAAGGUCCAGAAGACCCAGCAUGUACAAUGGUGGUUAGGACUUUGCAUUGGACUGUUCCACAUUACUCGAUUUGGGGUCUUCCCUUCUAUCUCUUUUACUCCACCAGAUUUUCCCAGUUCUUUCACCAGAGGCCAAAUCAAGGCCUGCCCAGGAACCUCCUCUGCCGCCUCUUCUCGCCUGCGAGACGAGCUGUUUCCAAGACCAUCGAAUCCUACUUAACAUGGAAGCUACCUCUGGUUAAGUACGGUUUGAAACCGAAUCACCCAUUUGAGGAAGACUACGCUUCUUGCCAGAUGGCGAUCCUGCCUGAGAAGUUCUUUGAGGAAGCAGAGAAGGGGAAGAUAACAUUCAAGAGGGUGGAAUCCAAAUGGUGGUUCUAUGAAGGAGGUGUUGAGUACGAUGAUGGGACUAAAACAGAGGCGGAUGUGGUCGUGAUGUGCACGGGAUUUCAGGGCAAGCAAAAGCUGAAAGAUGUUAUUCCAGAGCCCUUUCGAAGUUUACUCGAACUUCCUAAUUCUGGUCUCAUGCCCUUAUACAGGGGAACAAUUAAUCCAUUGAUACCGAAUAUGGCGUUUGUGGGUUAUGUGGAGAGUGUUUCAAAUCUUCAUACAGCUGAGAUACGAUGUAAAUGGUUGUCAAGGCUGGUGGAUAAUAAGUUUAAGCUCCCAUCGGUGGAGAACAUGCUUCAACAGACGGAAAAGGAGAUUGAGAUAAUGAAGAAAACAACUAGGUUUUAUAAGAGGAGCUGUAUUUCGACCUUUAGCAUUAAUCACAGUGAUGAGAUAUGUGAAGAAAUGGGUUGGAAUUCCUGGAGGAAGAAGACUUGGAUUGCUGAAGCUCUCAGUCCUUACAACAGCCAGGAUUACAUUCAGGAAGAAGAAGAAGAAGAAGGUAUUGAGAAGCAAUACUAAGUAA